AAUAUUUUUUCCCCCUCAUUAUUAUAAGAAAUAUAUUUUUCUUUUCUUUUCUUUUCUUUUACAAGAGCUUUUGAAGGAGGAGGAAGGGCAUUAGGAGCAAUUAAUUCUAUUAUAUAUACAUGGAGGGCAUUUCAACUCCAAUAGGUUCCCAAAUCCUCGACUUCCACGACAACGACGAAGACAUAAACCUCUUCGCCGAUGGUCCACCAGCCUGUCCAAUAACCACCACCAUCAUCCCCAAUUCGUCAUCCUCAAUCACCGGCACCACCGCUGCUAGCUGCGAUAGCGAAGACCUCUGCUGUUUUCUCGGCGACGAUGCCUCCUUUGAUUUCGAUCCUGCAACAAUCUCCAGUCUCCUCGACUGUGACUUGGACAAUGACCCCCCUGCAGUUCACCAACUGCCCACAACAUCAUCAGUAAGCAAUAAUGUUGGAGGUCAGAAUCAAGAUCAGAUGAACCAGUUGCUACUUACAGAGACUAUGAACAGAAGGAAUAGGCCUUUGGAUUCGCCUGAUUCAGUGAUCCUACCGGAUAUGAGCUCAUGGGCCCCGAUUCAAGAUAGUCGACCGAUCAAUAUGAUGCCAUCGCUGAUGGGGUAUAUGGGGAUGGAUAAUUUACCGUCAUGUGCAUUUUUGGAUACUAGUAUUGUAAACAGGUAUCAGCAGAUGAAUGGUGGAGAUGGCCCGAUGGGGUUUUUUCACAGGAGGACGAUGAUGGGUGUAGAUGGUGGAAUUGGUGCAGAGGGCAUUUAUGGGCUGGAGUCUGCUCAGGGAGUCUAUAACUCACUUGACAUGCAGGUGAUAGGAGAUUAUAAGAAUCUAGUAGACGGGUGCGAUAGCAAUCAUACGACAUUGCCAACAUCCGAUAUCACACCGUUGGAUGAUUCCACUUUGAAAGUUGGCCGCCUCUCGCCAGAGGAGAGGAAAGAGAAGAUUCACAGGUACUUGAAGAAACGGAGCGAAAGAAAUUUCAAAAAGAAGAUCAAGUAUGCAUGCCGGAAAACUUUGGCUGACAGCCGGCCUCGAGUGAGAGGGAGAUUUGCAAAGAAUGAUGAACAUGGAGAAGCUACCACCAGACCAAGUUUCAGCAAUCAUGAGUAUUUCGAUGAGGAAGAAGUUGUAAUGGUCAAGGAAGAAGAUGAUAUGCUGAACUCCACGAAUAUAUUCUUGCAUAUGAAUGGUGUUAAUUCGUUCAACUAUAACUACACUAUAGAAUCUUGGAUAUGAGCCAGAGCAACAUGAGUCAUACAAUCUUCUCCCUCUUUCUUUUUCUUUAUUUUUUCUUCCUCCUUUUUCUACCCAAAUUCUUCUACGCAGCCAUUCUGCAGUUGUAACAAAACCUAGUUCCAUUCAAUAAAAUGAAUGGUCUGAAGUUUACCGUUCAUGUGUAAUGUGUAUAUGCUACAGUGAAGUAGUAGGGAUUAUUCUUUUUUCCUUCCAUUUUGUCAAUUCCCUGUUUUGUGACAAAGCAUACAUUGACUAUUUUGUAAAUAAUAUGGUACCAUUCAUGGUUUCACCCUCAACAAAAAGGUAAUAUGUUCUUAGUUUAAUAUCUAAGUGAACAGGAAACAUAUGAU